AUGAGGAGGUCCGUGGGGAAGGUCCUUGAGCAGGCCUGGGGCGUGGCGGGGUCCCGCGGGUUCGCGGACGCGGCGGCUACGAGCAAGGGGAUCGAGAAGCUCCAGACGCUCGUCCGGAGGAUCGAGCAGGACAACCUCGCCGCUAAGAAGGACAAGUACGCGGCGGAUCUGAAGGCCGGGACGCGCGACAAGGCUCACCAUAAGUUCUGGGAGGAUACCCGCGCGCGCUUCGCGAGCUGGGAUGCGGAGGCGGCCAAGCUCGGCGUGGACGCGGACAUCUACUCUGCGGUGAAGGAGCUGGACGCCAUCGAGCAGUUCAAGACCAAGGCGGAGGCCCUGCCCAUGCCCGCGGGCACCGACCGCAAGGGCGUGGAGGCGCUGCAGGACGCGAUCUACAAGCUCCGCGACGAGCAGGGCAUCCUGCGCAGGCAGUACCAGGUCGCCUUCGACAGGGAGCUCAUGAUCCGGGCGGCGGAGGGCGCCGUGCGGAAGUUCAAGGCCCUCGUGGAGCCUAUGGUGUUGCCAGAAGCGGCCACGGCGCUGGGCACGGCCCUCGACAAGGCCGAGGCCAAGCUAGGGAAGCCGGUGACGUUCGACGACGACGCGGCGAUGGACGCGCUCGGGGACGAGCUCGUCGCGACCGGCAUCUUCGAGUCGCUGGGGAUCCCGCCUGGCUCGGACGUCGCCGCGCUGUACGCGAAGGAGGACGCGGACAUGACGCAGGCCGCGGUGCAGGACAUCGAGAAGGAGGCCAAGACCGUCGCGGCGGCGUUCGCGGACGCCGCGAAGCCGACGCCCGUCGACGUGCCGCCGCUCGCCGCGCCGGAGCUCUCCGGGGACGCGGAGUACCAGCGCCUCAAGGCCGAGCUCGACGCCGCCGCGCAGCAGCUCGCCGCGGACUGGAAGUGA